ACCCACCUCUCGCUGCCCCACCCUUGCGUGCCUUAGAAUUCCCAGCAGGAGACUGUAUCCUGGACCGGACUUGAGAGCUACUCCAAGAGCAGCAGGGUCUGCGCUGUGUGUCGGCUGAAUUUUCUCAUCUCUCCAGGUACAGAGUUGGAAAUGGCUUCUCCAGAGCCUAGGGGCCUUGUCCCCUUCACCAGAGAGUCUCUUGAACUUAUGAAACAGCAUAUUGCUAAAAAGCGCAGUGAGGAACACCAAGAAGAAGAUUUAAAGCCAAACACUGACUUGGAAGUUGGGAAAGAGCUUCCAUUUGUUUAUGGAAAUCUUCCUCAAGGAAUGGUGUCAGAACCCUUGGAAGAUGUGGACCCAUACUAUAAGGAUAAAAAUACUUUCAUGGUAUUAAAUAAAGAGAGAACAAUCUUCAGAUUCAAUGCCAGGUGGUUUACAUUUUCUCCUUUCAGCUCAAUUAGAAGAACAGUUAUUAAGAUUUUGGUACAUCCCUUUUUCCAAAUGUUAAUUUUAAUCAGUGUCCUGAUUGACUGCAUAUUUAUGGUCAUGACUGAUUUGUCAAACUGGGAGCCAGUAUUGCAGAACACUUUGCUUGGAAUUUACACCUUUGAAAUACUUGUAAAACUGAUUGCAAGAGGCAUCUGGGCAGGAUCCUUUUAUUUCUUUGGAGAUCCAUGGGACUGGCUCGAUUUCAGUGUAACUUUGUUUGAGCACAUAACAAGAUACUCAUCUCUAAACUUCAUUCCAAUAUUUAGAAUUAUAAGAAAUUUGAGAAUUUUGAAAAUUAUUCCUUUAAACCAAGGCAUGAAGUCUUUUGCAGGGAUCCUGAUCCACUGCUUGAGGAAACUGACUGGUGUCACUAUCCUAACUCUGUUUUUUCUGAGCGUAUUUUCUCUAAUUGGAAUGGGACUCUUCAUGGGCAACCUGAAGCACAAAUGUUUGCGAUGGCCCCAAGAAAAUGAGACUGAAGCCCUGCACAACAGAACUGGGAACCCAUAUUACAUUCGAGAAACAGAAAGUUUUUACUAUUUGGAAGGAGAAAGAUAUGCUCUCCUUUGUGGCAACAGAACAGAUGCUGGUCAGUGUCCUGAAGGAUACGUGUGUGUAAAAGCUGGCACCAAUCCUGAUGAUGGCUACACAAGUUUUGACAGUUUUGGCUGGGCCUUACUUGCCCUGUUCCGGUUAAUGACGCAGGAUUACCCCGAAGCACUUUAUCACCAGAUCCUUUAUGCUUCUGGGAAGGUCUACAUGGUAUUUUUUGUCGUGACAAGUUUUUGGUUUGCCUUUUGUAUGGUGAGUUUGUUCUUGGGCAUAAUCGCUAUGUCCUAUGAAGAAGAAAAGCAGAUAACUGCUGAAAAUGCUAAGAAGACUGAACCAAAAUUUCAGCAGACUUCAAAAGAACUUCAAGAAGGAAAUGGAGCAACUGAGACCAAGACUGCACAGAUAGAAAUGAAGGAAAGAUCAUCAGCUUCUGGGAUCCUGUCUUUGAAUGUAGUGGGUGAUGAUGCUGUAAGACGUAAAGAAGAACUUAAAAUAUCCAGGAAGGGAUGCUCACUGUGUUGGUAUAGAUUUGCUAAAACUUUCUUGAUCUGGAAUUGUUGUCCUUGUUGGUCAAAAUUAAAAGAGUUCAUCCAUAUGGUGAUAAUGGACCCAUUUAUUGAUCUUUUCCUUACCAUAUGCAUAAUUCUGAACAUAUAUUUUUUGGCCUUGGAAUAUUAUCCAAUGAGUGAAGAAACCAACAAUGUUCUCAGCACUGGAAACCUGGUUUUCAUUGGAAUUUUCACAGCAGAAAUGAUUUUUAAAAUAAUUGCAAUGCAUCCAUAUGGGUAUUUCCAAGUAGGAUGGAACAUUUUUGAUAGCCUAAUUGUGUUCCAUGGUUUGGGAGAACUUUAUCUAAUAAAUGUUCAUGGACUGUCCCUUUUUCGAUCAUUCAGGGUGUUACGCAUUUUCAAGUUGGGGAAGUACUGGCCGACAUUUAAGAUUCUGAUGCUGACCCUUCGGAACUCUUUGGUCACCCUGAAGGACUUGGUUCUGCUGUUGGUCACAUUCGUGUUCUUUUCUGCUGUGGUCGGCCUGAAGCUGUUUGGGUUGAGUUACAAAGAAUGUGUCUGCAACAUAGACAAAGACUGUCACCUCCCGCGCUGGCACAUGUAUGACUUCCUCCACUCCGGCCUGAACGUGUUUCGGAUUCUCUGUGGAGAGUGGAUAGAGACUUUAUGGGACUGCUUUAAGGUAGCAGGCGAGUUCAGUUGUAUUUCUUUUUACAUGAUGGUCAUUCUAAUCGGAAACUUAAUGAUACUUUACCUGUUUGUGGCACUGGUGAGCUCAUUUAGUUCAUUCAAUACCACAACCACCGAAGAGGACGAUGAAGCAAAAAACCUGCAGCGUGCAGUGGCGAGGAUUAAGAAAGGAACAAGCUAUGUGCUUUCUAGAAUAUUAUGCAAAAAGCAAAGUGCUCCAAAGGAGACACUGGACAAAGUAAAUGAUGUGCAUGUUAAAGAGAAUAUUUCUGACCAUACCCUUUCUGAAUUGAGCAACAUCCAAGAUUGCUUCAGUGAUAAGGAGAAAAGCCGUGGCACGGAGAAAAACACAAUGACUGAGAAUGAGAGUCGAUCACUUAUUCCCAGUCCUAGUGUCUCAGAAAGUGUACCCAUUGCUUCUGGAGAAUCUGACAUAGAAAAUCUGGAUAAUAAAGAAAUUCAGAGCAAGUCAAGGGAUGGAAGCAGCAAAGAGAAAGUAAAGCAAUCUAGCUCAUCUGAAUGCAGUACAGUUGAUAUUCCUAUCUCAGAAGACGAAGAAAUGGUCUAUGACCAUGAAAAAUCAAAGCAUCUUAAAAGUGUUUCAUUUUUGACAGAUUAUAGACAAAGAUCUUUACCUGGCCAAAUCAGUAGGGGAUCCAAGAAAGGAAAAGUUUGGCAGAACAUAAGGAAAACCUGCUGCAAGAUAGUAGAAAAUAGUUGUUUUAAGUGUUUCAUUGGCCUUGUUACUUUGCUGAGCACAGGUGCUCUGGCUUUUGAAGAUAUAUAUAUUGAUCAGAAAAAGACUAUUAAAAUCUUAUUAGAAUAUGCUGACAUGAUCUUCACUUACAUCUUCAUUCUGGAGAUGCUUCUGAAAUGGAUGGCAUAUGGUCUUAAAGCCUAUUUCAGUAAUGGCUGGUACAAACUGGACUUCAUGGUUGUUAUUGUAUUUUGCCUUAGCUUAAUAGGCAAAUCUCGGGAAGAACUAAAACCACUUAUUUCCAUUAAAUUUCUUCGGGCACUCAGAGUUCUAUCUCAGUUUGAAAGAAUGAAGGUGGUUGUGAGAGCUUUGAUAAAAACAACUUUACCCACUUUGAAUGUAUUUCUGGUCUGUUUGAUGAUCUGGCUGGCUUUUAGCAUCAUAGGAGUAAACUUAUUUGCUGGCAUGUUCUAUGAAUGCAUUGACCCAAUAAGUGGAGAAAGGUUUCCUGUAUCCGAAGUCACAAAUAAGAACCAGUGUGAAAGCCUCGUGUUCAAUGAGUCCGUGCCGUGGGAGAAUGCAAACCUGAACUUUGAUAACGUUGGGAAUGGUUUCCUUUCACUACUUCAAGUAGCAACAUUUAAUGGAUGGAUCACUAUUAUGAAUUCAGCAGUUGAUUCUACUGAUGUAAAUAUGCAGCCUAAGUUUGAAAACAACAUCUACAUGUAUUAUUACUUUAUUAGCUUUAUUGUCAUUGGAUUAUUUCUUCCUCUGAGUAUGCUGAUUGGUGUUAUUAUUGCUAAUUUCAACAGGCAUAAAAUAAAGCAGGGAGGCUCAAAUAUCUUUGUAACAGUGAAACAGAAGGAACAAUGCCAUGCAGUGAAGAAUCUGAUGUCUGAGGACUCUCAGAAACCAGUCCCUCGCCCACGCAACAAGUUCCAAGGAUUCAUCUUUGACUUGGUAACAAGUCAAGUGUUUAAUGCCAUCGUUACGGUUCUUAUCUGUCUCCAAGCAAUAACCGCUGUGAUACAAAGUGAUGAACAGAGUCCAAAAAUGGACACUGCUCACUACUGGACCGAGUUCACCUUUGUCAUGUUGUACACUGGGGAAUGUGUACUGAAGCUCAUCUCUUUCCACUGUAAUUAUUUCACCAUUGCAUGGAACAUUUUUGAUUUUAUGGUAGUCAUUUUUUCUAUAACAGGACUAUUUCUGCCUCUGAUGGCAGGGCACUACCUUGUGCCUCCUUCCCUUGUGCAGCUGAUACUCCUUACACGGGUCGUCCACAUCCUGCGCCCUGGGAAAGGACCAAAGGUGUUCCAUCACUUACUGCUUCCUUUGAUGCUGUCCCUCCCAGCAUUGUUGAACUUCAGCCUUCUCAUUUUCCUGGUCAUGUUUGUCUAUGCCAUCUUUGGAAUGUACAAUUUUGCCUAUGUUAAAAAAGAAGCUGGAAUCAAUGACGUGUCCAACUUUGAGACCUUUGGCAGCAGUAUGCUCUGUCUUUUCCAAGUUACAAUAUUUGCUGGUUGGGAUGGCAUGCUCAAUGCAAUCUUCAACAGUAAAUGGUCUGACUGUGACCCUGAUAAGAUUAACCCGGGAACUCAGGUUAGAGGAGAUUGUGGUAACCCCACUGUUGGGAUUUUUUAUUUCGUCAGUUACAUCCUCAUAUCCUGGCUGAUCAUUGUAAAUAUGUACAUUGUUGUUGUCAUGGAGUUUUUAACUAUUUCUUCUAAAAAAAAAUCCAAGACUUUGAGUGAAGAUGAUUUUAGGAAAUUCUUCCAGGUAUGGAAGAGGUUUGAUCCUGACAAGACCCAGUAUAUAGACUCUAGCAAACUUUCAGAUUUUGUAGCUGCGCUCAAUCCUCCUCUUUUCAUGGCAAAACCAAACAAGGGCCAGCUCAUUGCCAUGGACCUGCCCAUGGCUGCUGGAGACAGGAUCCACUGCCUCGACAUCUUACUUGCUUUAGCAAAGCGAGUUAUGGAUAAAGAUGUGAAGCUGGAGAAAGUUCUUUCAGAGCUGGAAUCAGGGCUUCUGUUAGCCGACCCUUUUAAGAUCACUUACGAGCCCAUUACAACUACUCUGAGACGAAAACAAGAGGCAGUCUCAGCAACCAUCAUUCAGCGUGCUUAUAAAAGCUACCGUUUAAGGCAAAGUGACAAAACUAUGUCAGAUAUUCCUAUGACAGAUGGUGACAGGGAGGUUCAAGCUGCCAAAGAAGAAGCCUGUUUUGACAAAGCUGAGGAAAAGUCAGCUAUUCGAAGUCAGAUCUAAUCCCACUUCCCACCUUUUCACCUUCCUCACCUGUCCCCAAAACGUUCAAAGUUUAAAUCAGAAAUAAAACAAAAUCAGAGAAAGUAAAGAUUUCACUUAAUAACCACUUAUUUACAACCUGUGGAUGUUAAACUUAUGUUCACAAGGCUCCAUAUCAAGUCCCCUCUUCACCCCUGUAUAUUCAAUCUAAUCAGGACACCACCUUAAUAUCACUGUGGGGAGUUACAGUGGAUCAGAAUUGCCAUUUGAUAAUCCGAUGCUUGUUUCCUCUGUAUGGCUCAUAUGUUUGUGCUUCUUUCAGAGGACGGGGGAAGUGGUGGUAGAGAUUUGUAGCAAAAGGGGCUUCUUUGUAUAUUUUGUCUGCUUGAACUUCAUGGGAUUCAAGUCACCACUAACAGGACUUAGUUUCAAAUAGACAAGUACUUUCUUAAUGUGGGAUAGCGUUUAAGAAAUAGUACAAUGCUACAGGCCAUUAAAUCACAGACUUGCCUAGACAGAUGGGAACUGGGGUAAGAGGAAGGGCAAUUCUUAGAAAGUGCCUUUGAGAGCCCUCAUGGAGACUCCGGCUGAUUCAACGAUAUUUGAAGAAGAUUGAAUCAAGCCCCAUUUUUUGUUCUGUUUUAUUUUUUGGUGCUGGGUUAAUGAUGUUUCGUUGCUCUUGGAUUACUGGUUUCUCUUCUCCUUGGCCUCUCCCACCUAAGCCCCAGCUCCUCAGAAUGGAUUUGUAGAACAGAAACAUAAAGGGCACUACAGUAUGGCUUACAUUUUCCUCUUCUUUUUUUCUCAUUUACACUUUUUAAAAAAGUAUACAUUUACUAAACUGACAUAAUCUAUAAUCUGUAAAUAGGCUCAAGUUGCACUUUAUCAUAAAAUGGAUGUGUUUUCACCCUUUAUCCAUGAUGUAACACUGACUGUGUAAGAUCUGGCAAAUGCAUGUCAUAAUGAACUAGAAGAGUUGAGGGCUACCAUUAUGCUAUGGAUUUUCACAGUUUCUUUAUUCUUAGUUGUGAAAUUGUGGCCUCUCUGAAGAACUUUUCAUUGCACUUAAUGAUUCUUUAUAACUCAGAGAAGGAAAAUGAUCACUGAAACUAAGAACUCUUAAUAGGAGAUCAAAGUGUAAGUUUGUUCUUGGUGGUGUUUUAUAACAGCGUGUGAAAAUUAGUUUUCACUUUCUCAUUUAGCUACCCAAGGUGUUUUUUGUUUUUAUCUCAUCAUAUACAUAAUUACUCCAUAUAAGUUUGUGUUUGGAAUACUUUAAAAUCCUAAACAUUAAUUUUCACUUCUGAAAUUAUUUUUAAAAGGCACAAAGUUGUUUUUGAUGUAUUCAUAAAAAUGCAACCACUUCCAUCAAUGAAGUUUGAGAGUCCAGUAUUUAUCCCAUUUGUAUGAAGAUUGAUUUCAGAGAGCCUACAGAGUCCUAAAGGACUUAAAAGGAAAAUAUGUAUACUGUUGACUUGAAUGACAAGCUUUAAAUAUGUUGUCUGACAUUCAGUAUUAGUAAUUGUAUUUUAUUAUGAAUGCAUGAUCAUGAGCCUUAACUAUUAUAAUCAAACUGUUUCUGCUCCUCGGAAAUACAUGAACCUGACCAAGAUGCCUUUGGGGGAUCCCCUAAGCCAGUGUAAUUUCAGGGUUCUGUUUCUUUCAAUAAGUGUUCCUUCCCUUUUGCGUCCUGUUUGUCAUCAUGUGAUGGGGACCAGUGAGGAAUCAGUGUUAACUUGAUGACAUGGUGACAGCUGGUGCUUUAUCUAAGCUUCUCAGUUUUCUAUUUCUUGGAAAUGCUGUAAUGUGAAAACUGCCUCAGAUAUUUCAACUGAACCUUAACUCGCUUCUGGAAACUCCAUGAAGACCACAAACUGAUUUUAGUUUGAAAAUGACACCUUUCACUUGUAAACUAACUUUCCAAAAACUGUGUAAAGAAUUAUUUUUAACAAAGUCUUACAAUAUAUUCUACUUUUCAGAUACUAUAGAAAAUAAUAAAUACAACCAGUUAACCAACAGAGCUUUGUUUUUUCCUUUGAUAAGUCAGGUUGGCAACUUUGUAUAAUAAAAACUUUUAAGAAUGA